ACUUAUAACUUGCUUAUCUUUACUCAAGUCAAUCAAUGCACGUACCCUCACUGCUUACAGAAGAAGGCUGAUUUCUGACAGUAUACAAUACUACUUAUACAGCUAUGAACGUGGCCCAAUUCAAUGGUUCGAAUAUUACAUCAGACUUCCACAGUUUGAAAAAUAAACCAAAUUUUCUCUUCUUUUAACAUAAAGAGGAACAGCUAAGUACAGUAAACUGACGUCAUUAUUUGCUGUUUCAUCCAGAGAAAUGUCUGGAAAAAAGAAUUUACAUAAAAACAAACCUCGCAUGUUGAAAUUCUAUUUGCUUUAUUUCAUCGAGGCUAUCCUUGUCCAAAAGGCGCAAAAUGCAGUAGUGGAGAAAGUGAUUGGUGUGGUAGGUAUGAAAGUGGCUAUCCCUUGUAACAUUACACCACCCAGUCCAAAUGAUGACGUUUCAUUAGUUCUGUGGUAUCGUGGAGACACAUCUAAUCCCCUCUAUAGCUUCGAUGCCCGAAGAGGCAACACGGACCGAGGCCGACAUUCUCCGACAGACAGUCUCUCGAAUCGUGCCAUGUUCAGUGUUAUUGACAGACCGGCUGUUUUGAUAUUGGAUCCCGUUAGACCAGGAGAUGCUGGGACCUACAAAUGUCGUGUAGAUUUUCGUAUCGCCAGAACGAGAUAUUCGGAGGCUGAGCUUUCCGUUACCAUUCCUCCAAAUAAACCAGUGGUAACUGAUGUGAACGGGCAGGUGUUGGAGAGCUUGGUGGGUCCCUACAAUGAAGGAGAAAGCUUGACACUUGUAUGUGAGACAGAAGGAGGUAAACCCCUGCCUUCUGUAUCUUGGUGGAGAGAGUCUGUACUCCUGGACGAUACGUAUGAGAUUAUCUCAAGGAACAUAGUGAAAAACACUCUUGUGAUUCCAGCGUUGCAGCGUCAGCACUUGAUGGCAACCUUCUCUUGCCAAGCGUUGAACAACAACCAGUCCUUACCACAGACUUCAACCGUGACAGUGGACAUGAACUUUAGACCUUUCGCUGUGCAGAUCUUAGAUAAAGAUCGCCCACUUUCUGCAGAACAUUCUACAGAUCUGAGAUGUCAAGCUAUUGGGUCUAGACCGCCUGCCAAAAUAACUUGGUGGAAAGGAAGCAAGCAACUUAAAAGUACAAAAACAGUUACGCCACCAAACCAGAGCACCAACGGAAAUAUAACCAUCAGUGUACUGACCAUCACACCUACAAGCGAUGACAAUGGCAAAUAUCUGUCUUGUCGAGCAGAAAAUCAUCUAAUUCCUGGAAGUGCUGUCGAAGAUGGCUGGAAGCUCGACAUUUAUUUCGUUCCACAAAUGUCACUUCGUCUCGGAAGUAAACUUCGUCACAGCCAUAUCCAGGAAGGAAAUGACGUUUACUUCGAAUGCAAUAUUCGAGCUUAUCCUUCAGUGACGGAUAUCAGCUGGCGUUUCGAAGGUCGUGAGCUCCAGACCAAUACGUCAGCAGGCGUAAUCAUCAGCAACCAAUCUUUGGUGCUCCAGAAAGUUCAGCGUUCUAGUAGAGGGCGCUAUACUUGCCUAGCUACCAACAGUGAAGGGCAAGGAGAAAGUAAUUCAGUGUUUCUAAGAGUGCAAUAUGCACCUCGAUGUGAGAAGGACCAGAAGUUUUUCUAUGGAGCUGCGAUGAAUGAGGCAGUAAAAAUAUCCUGCAAGUUAGACGCAGAUCCAACGGAUGUACAAUUUGAAUGGAAGUUGAAUAACAGUCGGGAGGUGGUGGACAUUAUCAAUUUUGUCAAUGAUGGAGCUACAAGUUACGCCACAAUCAUUCCACGAAAUCAGUAUGAUUAUGGCUCAUUAUAUUGUUGGGGUAAAAACACAGCAGGAACACAAAAAACCUCAUGUAAAUUCAGUGUAAUUCCUGCCGGUGUUCCGGAAACUUUAUAUAACUGCACAGUCACAAACCAGACAGACUCUUCGUUUCGGAUAGAAUGCGUGGAAGGCUACGACGGCGGCAUGAGCCAACAUUUCAUAAUGGAAGUCCAUGAUACAACGCACAAUGUAAUUCGAGCAAAUUUAACAUCCAAUUCUCCAGUGUUCCAAGCAACAGAUCUGCCUCCUGGAGCCAGUUUUGUAGCAGUUUUAUAUGCUGUUAACAAAAAAGGCAGGGGAGAAGCAGUCAUCCUCCGUUCUGGUACCCUAAAAGUCCCUGAAACUCUUACUCAAAAAGAUACCCACUGGAAAGUCACUCUCAACCCUUUACUUAUCAUUCUUAGUGGCAUAGUUGGUGGGCUUGUCUUAGUGGCUGUAUUAAUCGUAUUCGUGCUAAAGUUUCGUGGGAGGAAUGGAAAUCAUCAAAGAAAAAAUCGAAAUGAAAGCUUUCAUCUCCACCUUAGGAAAGAAACUGUAUCAGAAAAAUAUGACGAGCCAGAAGAAAAGUUAGAAGUAUUAGCCACAAGAAAAAAAUGUCCAGAUAUUAUACCAGGUGUUGCAAUAGGGGGAAAUCAUGUAACAUGUUCGAAUACUUACGACGAUUUCAAAGAAGAUUACGACCCCCCAGCAGGUGACUUGUGGACAGCAAAUAAACAAUUAGCUGAUAACCAAAGACUCGAAAUGGCACCAUUAUCAACACAUUCUCAACUAAAACACGAUGAGAAGGAAUAUAUUGAAGCGCAAAGUUGUUGGUCCUCAUCCCACCCACAAAAAAGAGGUGUUCGUGUCCUUCCUACUCCACCAGUUCAUACGUUUGUCUAUGACACUGGCCAACCUGAUCUUCCUUUACUCUCUCCCCGACAAACGGACGUCUGAGGAACUCCCGUCCAAAGUCGAGCACACAAAUCCAUCGGUAUGUGGUCUUAUCGGUCUGUAUGUUGUUAUUCUAUUAACAGUAAGAGUUGCGUAGCAAUGAAUGUCUGCAGACCGAGGCGAUAACCUUCCUUAAAACUGGCCCAAUGUGGAGCAUUUACGACAAAUAUUCAAUAAAGUUUGUUGUUAAUUUGCUGGCUUUACUGUACAAACCGACAAUGACAUUGCAACCAUAUUUAUUUAAAUGAGUAAGAAGUUGAUAUUUCUAUUUAUCCAGGCUUGUGAUAGAACACGCAUUCAUUCAGAACGUCUUGAGCAAUUUAUACUACAAUAUUGUGGUCAUAUUGUGUAUAUUGUGUCUUUCUUUGAAGUAUUUAUGAAGUGCUGUCUGUGACAUACUUAUAUGGUGAUAUUCUAGAAACACUCACUGUUAACGACUGAUUCAAGAUAUAUAUAUAUAUCUGUUUCCUUUGUUGUAGCAAAUUGUAUUUUAAGAGUAUUUCUGCAAGGUUUCUGCAGGCGUCACACAAACGACUGUAUAUAUCUGAUCAACGUAUAUAGCACAUUUGUGCAUGUGAAUUGGACGUAAAACUGCAGUAAAACUCAUGACAGUACAGUACAUUUAGCUUAAUCAUCCUCUCGUCUGUAGCAGUUUUAAAACUCAGAAUUUUUAAAUCACAUAUAGUUUUGAAUAAGAUAACAGGUCAAUAAUAUUCCCCAGCAAGCGGAAGGAUGGAAAUUCGUAAACUUAGAAGAACGUUUAAAAGAUAUAAAAGCUUUGCACACACAAAAUAUUAAGAUAGCCCAACCAUCUAUGGGAAUACUAACUAUAGCCAAUCCAAAUCCUCAAAUCUCAGAAGAAAGGACUACCAUUAAUGGACUACUUUAAGCGAGUAAAUGGACGUAUCUUUGACGAGAAUGCUGGAUAGAAACCUUGCAGUUUACUAGUGAAGUGUUUUUUUUUCCUAUAUAGAGCAAUGACGUUUGUGAUAGUAUGUCUUCAUAUCGAUUUUCUAGUCUACAGCUUUAGUAUAAAGUAUAUUUUAGUUUUCACGAUAUAUUUGUUUCUUCUGAGUUUCCAUAACAAUUUAAACAACCUUUAAGAACUUCUGAGAUAUUAACA